GGCGGCGGGCAGAGGCAGCGGCGCGAACGCUGGGCCCGGGUGCUGUUGCAGAGGUGCCGUGCGCUGGCCGGGGAAGCCGCGGUGCUGACGGAGGGCGAAAACUCGUGCACGUGGUGACUGGCGUUGUCAGUGUAACCCCGCGUUAGGGUCUGGCAUGGUCAGAUGUGUCCCGGGUGACACGGGGAAUGGCAUUUGCUGUACACUAACUAGCCUGUGGAAACGUGCCGUUGGGCGCAGCUGUCCUGCGGCAGCCGCUGCGUGGGCUUUCGGAGAAACACAGAACUUUGGAACAUUUGGUACCAUCACGAUGCCUGAGGUAAACACAGAUCACCUGGAUGAGCAGCAGGUGCAGCUCUUGGCAGAGAUGUGCAUCCUUAUCGAUGAAAAUGAUAAUAAGAUUGGAGCAGAUACCAAGAAAAACUGUCACUUGAAUGAAAACAUUGAUAAAGGUUUACUGCACCGAGCUUUCAGUGUUUUCUUAUUUAACACAGAAAAUAAACUGUUGCUUCAGCAGAGAUCAAAUGCAAAAAUUACCUUUCCAGAUUGUUUUACCAACACCUGUUGCAGUCAUCCUCUGAGCCAUCCACUAGAACUGGAAGAAAACAACGCUAUGGGUGUUCGGAGAGCUGCACAGAGACGGCUGAAGGCAGAGCUGGGAAUUCCCAUGGAGCAGGUAACUCCAGAGGAGAUCUCCUACCUGACACGAAUCCACUACAAGGCCAAGUCGGAUGGCAUCUGGGGCGAACAUGAGAUCGACUAUAUCUUAUUUGUACAGAAGGAUGUCACGCUGAAUCCCGACCCCAAUGAGAUCCAAAGCUACUGCUACGUCACACAGAAAGAACUCAAACAGCUCUUGGACAAAGCCUCCAAGAAGGAAGUUAAGAUUACUCCCUGGUUUAAACUAAUUGCAGAGACCUUUCUUUUUAAGUGGUGGGAUAACUUAUCCAACUUAAACAAAUUUGUUGAUCAUGAAAAAAUACACCGAAUGUAAAUAGCUGAGGUAAAACGAUGCUGAAGGCUGGCAACCACGUGCUGGCUCAUCCAUGCUGUGGUAACUCCUGCCUCUUGAGUAGAAGCAGAAAAUUGAUUCACCUGGAGCAGAUCUAACAAAAAACUGCAUACAGAGAUGCAUAUAGCUGAUGUUUUUUCUUCUUUCUUCACCUCCUCUUCCCUCCAGCUUCUUCCUCUUGGGCAAGUUAGGCUUUAUGUAGAACAGACAACUAACAUUAAGUACCUGCCUGGGUUCACCCUUCUGUGUUACAUGGUGUGACAGGGGGAUGGCUCAGCCUGGCUUGCCCAGGGGGUAGGUACAUCCUGACAUAGCUCCAUGGGCACAGGGGAGCUGGUGCCUCUUGCCCAGCCCCCCCAACCAUACACCAUGACACCUUCUAAAAGAGGGAGCACAAAAGAAUUUGAGUUCUCUGUUGAUGUUGAAAAGACUAGUUACCCAAAGGAAAACAUCAUUACUUCCAUGCAAUGGGGAUGAUUUGCAUUGCAGAAAGCAAACCUCUUCAGCCACUGUACUCUCUAAUUAACCAAACCCAUACAAGCUUAAGUAAUGGGAUUGGCUGCAUGGACUGAGUUUCACUUUGAAGUGCUGCAGUAUGCAUUACAGCUGUAGAUAAUGAACUUUGGGAGGGUGGCUUAUUAAAAGAAAAAAGAGGUUAAUUCUACCAGAUGGCAGUGGCACCUGUUGAAUAUAGGAAGCAGCCCAUCGUUGGAGAAGGGGAAUGUAUUCAGUGGCUCUUCUCAAUCUUCCAGAAAACAAAGGAAUCUCCAGACAACUGUUUUUCCCUGCAGUAUAUCUUCUUAACAGUCAUUCCCACACAACUGAAACCCCUUGAAGUCCAGAAUUCAAGAUUUAUGGGCUUACACCAGGUCUUAAUUUCAAUCAAUCACAACAGAAGGCAGGAGCAAAUCCUUUCUGAUCUUGCAGUCAGUUGCUAGUGAUAAGAGUGAAAUGGAAGGGGCUUUUCAUAAGAAGUAAUCCAAGGGUAUCUCCAUUUGAAUUAAAUGUUUUUGGAGUUGUGUUUUUUUUCCCCAAAAAUGGCUUAAUGUGGUUUGUUAGCAGAGCACCUCACUUAGUUCUUAACUUCUCCCAGAGGUAUCUUGAAGAAACAGGAUGUUUCUAAUAGCACUUCUUGCUUGUAAAACAUGGUUGUAAUUAGUCCGUGUCUGCUUUCAAGGAGAAACAAAUCUUUCCCAGUGGUGAACACAUUUCUCUUCCUCAUGGCAGCGGUGACUACAGCACUGAUACUUCCCUGCACCGACAUCUCUGGGGGUUCAACGCUAACUUCUGCAGGCUUUAGAGACAGGUUAGAUGUGUGCUGACCUGAACUGAGGUGUGUUAUUGUGAAGCAAAUGACUGUGGGUGAGGGAAUAGUGAUUCAACUUAACUGUAACAACUCUCUGGAAUUCAGUGCAAUUGGCCAUGUGAUCUAAGUAAUGUAUUGGAGAACUUUUCAAAUACUUAAAAUACUUCUUAAAUAAAAGAUCAUGAUUAAAAUACCCAACCUAAAA